CGGGGCUCGCGUGUUCUCCAAAUACACGAUUCACGAAGCUUUGUUGUAUUUGACUCAUAAGUGACUUUGAUUGAGUGGGUUACUGAUUGAUACAAGUGGUCUGGUUUUGUUAACAAAAGUAACAAAUAAAAUAGGAGAAGUUUCCGAGGUCUACCGUACCUUUGUAAUUGGUCACGUGUAGAGCACGCAAGGCAAGAAAAAAAAAAACAGCGAUGAAAAUCAUGAAGCGACCAAAUAUUCUACUGACAGGCACCCCUGGCGUAGGGAAGACCACCCUGGGGAAAGAGCUUGCCCAGAGGACAGGACUAACCUAUGUCAAUGUAGGCGACCUGGCACAAGAAGGGCAGCUGUUUGAUGGAUUUGAUGAAGAGUACCAGUGCCCAGUGUUAGAUGAGGACCGAGUGGUGGAUGAGCUGGAGGAUAAGAUGGGCGACGGAGGGGUGAUAGUGGACUACCACGGCUGUGACUUCUUCCCAGAGCGUUGGUUUCAGAUUGUUUUCGUGCUCCGCACAGACAACACCAACCUCUACAGUCGGCUGGAGGGCAGGGGCUACACAGGGAAGAAAUUGCAGGACAAUGUCCAGUGUGAGAUCUUCCAGACCAUCUAUGAGGAGGCCAUGGAGGCCUACAAGGAGGAGAUUGUCCACCAGUUGCCCAGCAACGAGCCUGAGGACCUGGAGCGCAACCUGGAGCAGGUAGUCCAGUGGAUCGAGCAGUGGGUGAAGGACAACAACUAGCAUGGACACAAACCCUAGAAGCCAAAACAGUGUAUAGAGCAGUGAGUGAAGGACAACAACUAGCAUGGACACAAACCCUAGAAACCAAAACAGUGGAUCGAGCAGUGGGUGAAGUGAAGGACAACAACGAGCAUGGACACAAACCCUAGAAACCAAAACAGUGCAUGGCUGGAAUCUUCUUCAUACUAGAAAAAAACAUACCAAUGGACUCUUUUGUUUGUUGGGGGAAAAAAAUAAAAUCUAUAUGCCUUUAACUUAUAGCAAUCACACACAUACUAGGAUCGUUCUGCUUUUGGUUCGAGCACAACAUGUAUCACACCUGAUUCUGAAAUGAUCAAACAAUCAUUGAGUUGUUGAAAUGGGUGUGAUAGUCUUGGACUGGAACAAAAAAUAUGCCCCAGGGCUGAAAACGAAAUUCAUCUAGCAUAGUUGACAACAUUGAUGACAUAAAAUUGGUGAACGAUACACUCUCUAUUGUUUACAGUCUAAGACAUGGACAAGUGUGGUUACCUUUCUGAGUAGAGGCCCAGUGUAAUGAUAAUAAAUAUCUAUGUCUCAAAUGGUAGCCUGUUCGCUAUAUAGUGCACUCAUUUUGAUCAGGGCCUAGGACACUGGUCGACAGUAGUGCACUAUAUGUGGUAGCUGGUGUCAGUUGAGAUGCACCUGUUGGCUGUGUUUAUUCCCUGCUUGGACUGUAUGGUUAACCACACCUUCAUUUAGGAUGAAAGCUAGGGCAGUAAGCAUGUUUGGAUACUGACUUGUGUUGCAAGAGCUGUUCAUGGACAAGCUAGAUGUCAUGAAACACCAUGUCAUCACAAGAUUUGGGCAGUAUUCAAGACCAAAUGCAUGCGUCACUAUAUCUCUACUCUCCUAAGGGAAAUGUUUUGUCAUUUUAGAGUCUUAAGGAUGGGCAAAAUUGAAUGUGUAUUAGUUAGAUGCAUGCUGUAUUUUCUUGUGGCAUAGAUUGAUUUAAAACCGAUUACAAUUUAUUUUGCAUUUAUUGCAUUGCAAUGGUUUAUCUACAUAACAAAAAAACAUGCCUUUUGGUUAAAUGUGUUUUUUGUUUUACUUUUUUUUAAAAAUUGUAUUAUCUUUUAAAUUCAUAAUUUUUUGUGGACAUUGGUAGCCAUAAACCUAGUCAUGUCAUUCAGAUUUCAACAACACAGGCCAUAAUGCAGGAAUUGUGUUUUUGCCAGAAGUUUAUUUUUAUUUUAUUUUUUAAUUUUAGGUUUCAUAUUUCCAUUUUAUUUAAGAAAAGAUGCAUUUCAUUUUGUCCUCAUACCGCUAGUAUUUCCAUGAAAUACUCACAGGUUUUAUCAGUAGGCAGUGGUCGUUUUUGUAUGGCUAAAGCUUUAUACUGUACAAGGAAGGAAUGAUGGUGGAACAGCAUAAUAAAGAAUACAAAUGCA